AUGCGCUCAUCACUCGCCUUGUUAGCGGCCGCCGCCGUCCAGCCGGCCCUCUCCUGGGGCAACGUUGGUCACCGCACCGUCGGCUACCUGGCCGAGAAGUACCUAACGGACGAGGCCGCCGCCGUCUUCGGAGAGCUCCUCGCCAACGACCGCAACUACGACAUCUCCGACGCCGCCACCUGGGCCGACACGCUCCGGGGCCACAUGGGCUGGGCGAGCAAGUAUCACUACGUCAAUCCCCGCGAUGACCCUCCCCGCCUCUGCGGCAUGAAGUAUCCCCAAGACUGCCCGUCUAGCGGCUGCGUCAUCUCCGCCAUCCAGAACUACACCUCCCAGAUCCUGGACACCUCCCUCCCGCACAUCAACCGCAAGAACGCAACCAUGUUCGUUAUCCACUUCCUCGGCGACAUCCACCAGCCCCUACAUGCCACCGGCCUCCUCCGCGGCGGCAACGACAUCCGCCCCGUCUGCUGGCGCCGCCAGCCGCGCGACGGCGUCUGCACGGGCCCGAUGAGCCUGCACUCGGUCUGGGACACGCAGAUGCCGCACCGCAUCCGCGGUCUGCCGCCGCACCUGAGCCCGUCGGACGAGAAAAAGGCCGCCGCCGCGUGGGCAGCGGACCUGCACGUCCGUCAGGCCGCGGCCGGCGUCGACGCCUCGCCGGCUCAGCAGUGCAUCGACCUCGACACGGGGGCCUGCGCAGCCGCUUGGGCGGGCGAGUCUAACGCGCUCGUGUGCUCGCAUGUGCUGCGGCCCGGGCUGACGUUUCUCAAGGGCAACGACCUGAGCGAGGAGUACUACGACGACAACUGGGAGGUGGUGGAGGAGGUCAUCGGGCGGGCCGGCGUGAGGUUAGGCGCCUGGCUCAACGCCAUCGCCGAGAGGCUGGUCCGCGAAGAGGCGCCCAAGUUUGAGGACCUCUAA